GUUAUGGGGUGUUCCUGAUCCAGAAAAAAUUGAUGAGGAGGCUUCAUCACUGGAGAAACGUCAAUUAAGAGCUCUGCAUCCCAAUGUUAAUUGUGAGAAGAAGGAGGCAGCUGACCGUGCGGGAGACAUCAUUUUUCAAGUCUCACAAACACAUGAUGUGAUCAUGGCAUUAGAUAAGACAAUCUCCUCAUUGGAGGUUCAGCUAGCGGCAGCUAGAGCUUCCAAAGCUGACAAUGGUGAAGGAUCUCCAGUGGUUACUAAAACAGGAAGGGAGCCAUUGAAAGAGCGCCAGAAGGUUUUCUUUGUCAUGGGAAUCAUGACUGCCUUCAGCAGUCGAAAACGAAGGGAGUCAAUCAGGGAAACGUGGAUGCCCCAAGGGGACGAGUUAAAGAAGUUAGAGACAGAAAAGGGAAUUAUAAUGCGGUUUGUUAUUGGACACAGUGCAACACCAGGUGGCGUCUUGGAUCGUGCCAUUGACGCGGAAGAUGAGAAGCAUAAGGAUUUUUUGCGACUGAACCAUAUAGAAGGAUAUCACGAAUUGUCAUCAAAAACCCAAAUCUAUUUUGCGGCAGCUGUCACUAAGUGGGAUGCUGACUUCUAUAUUAAAGUUGAUGAUGAUGUGCACAUAAAUCUUGGAAUGGUUGGUUCUACUUUGGCCCGACAUAGAUCAAAACCUCGUACAUAUAUUGGUUGCAUGAAGUCUGGACCUGUCCUGGCAAAUAAGGGGGUCAAGUACCAUGAACCGGAAUAUUGGAAAUUUGGAGAGGAGGGAAAUAAGUAUUUUCGUCAUGCAACGGGUCAAAUAUACGCAAUUUCCAAAGAUUUGGCAACUUACAUUUCAGUACAUAGGCACAUACUUCACAGAUAUGCAAAUGAAGAUGUCUCUUUGGGUUCUUGGUUUAUUGGUCUUGAUGUUGAGCACAUUGAUGAAAGAAGCCUUUGCUGUGGGACUCCUCCUG